AUGGCCCGUUCAAUACUUGCAAAGAGGCUUUGGUCCUCACAGUCCUUGGCCUUCAAACCAUCGAUAUGUCUCUCAUGCAGGGUAACUAUCAGAGGGCUGUCGUCUUCUCGAACACAGGGUUCGGCCCAGACUGAGGCCCAAAACAAGUUACUGGGUGAGCAUCUCAAACAAGCAGAUCCCGAGAUCUAUGAGAUCUUGCAGCACGAGAUACGUCGGCAGAGACAUUUUAUCAAUCUCAUCCCUUCCGAAAACUUCACCUCUCAGGCUGUGCUGGAUGCCUUGGGCAGUGUCAUGCAGAACAAGUACUCAGAGGGAUACCCGGGCGCACGGUACUACGGAGGCAACGAACAUAUCGACGAGUCCGAGAGACUAUGUCAGAAGCGCGCUCUGGAGACAUAUCGCCUGAAUCCAGAAGAAUGGGGGGUCAAUGUCCAACCCUUGUCUGGUUCUCCCGCUAACCUCUACGCCUACUCCGCCCUCCUCAACACACACGACCGUAUCAUGGGUCUCGAUCUCCCCCAUGGAGGCCAUCUGUCCCACGGUUACCAAACUCCCACCAAGAAGAUAUCCAUGAUCUCCAAGUACUUCGAGACCUUCCCAUAUCGCCUGGACGAGUCAACGGGAUUGAUUGACUACGACAAGAUGCUCGAGUAUGCUCUUCUGUACCGACCCAAAAUCAUCAUCGCCGGAACCUCUGCGUACAGCCGGUUGAUUGACUACAACCGCAUGCGCGAGAUUGCCGACGAAGUGGGUGCUUACCUGUUGUCCGACAUGGCUCACAUAUCCGGCCUGGUCGCCGCGGAUGUGAUUCCAAGCCCCUUCCAAUACUCGGACGUGGUGACAACCACAACGCACAAAUCGCUUCGUGGUCCUCGAGGUGCCAUGAUCUUCUACCGCAAGGGCGUGCGCCGAACAACCAAGAAGGGCGAGAAGGAGCUGUACGACCUGGAAGGUCCCAUCAACGCGUCCGUCUUUCCCGGCCACCAAGGCGGUCCGCAUAACCACACCAUCACCGCCCUCGCCGUUGCCCUCAAGCAGGCUCAAACGAAAGAAUUCAAGGAGUACCAGAAGACCGUGCUGUCGAAUGCCAAGGCCCUUGCAGAACGACUCGGCAAUUCCGCCUACACAGGUGGUCUGGGCUACAACAUCGUCAGUGGCGGGACCGACAACCACUUAGUCCUGGUCGAUCUGAAAUCCAAGGGCAUCGACGGUGCUCGCGUAGAGCGCGUGCUCGAGCUGUGCGGCGUGGCCGCGAACAAGAACACGGUUCCCGGGGACAAGUCUGCCCUGAGGCCUGGGGGUCUAAGAAUGGGCUCGCCUGCAAUGACCACACGGGGUUUCCAGCCAAGCGACUUCACGCGCGUGGCGGAGAUAGUUGAUCGUGCAGUGUCCAUUUCUAUCAAGGUGGAUAAGAGCGCCCGAUCGGAUGCAGAAGCGAAGGGCAAGAAGAAUCCCGGAGCAGUCAAGAGUUUCUUGGAUUAUCUCAAGGACGGGACGGAAGUCGCCGAGAUUCUUACGCUGAGGAAGGAAGUGGAAGAUUGGGUUGGUACAUUUGCAGAGCCGUGGGUGAAGGGAUAA